UUGGAGAAGUAUAGCAAUCUUCAACUUGGAUGCAAAAUGGUGAAGAUCCAUGGUCUGCCUUUCUCGACUUGCACAACCAGAGUGUUGGCAUGCUGCCAUGAAAAGGAGGUCGAGUAUGAGGUUAUCCCCGUUAAUCUCAUGGCAGGCGCUCACAAACAAAAACCUCAUCUUGAUCUCAAUCCCUUUGGACAGAUACCUGCACUUCAAGAUGGAGACUUAACCCUAUUCGAGUCCAGGGCAAUCACAAGGUAUUUGAGCAAGCAGCAGCAGGGCACUGAUCUCUUAGGAGGUACAGUAGCAGAGCAAGCCAUGGUGGACGUGUGGUGUGAGGUGGAGGCACAGCAAUACAAUCCCCCCUGCAGUGCUGUUGUGCAGCAGAUUGUCAUAAUUCCAGCGAAAGGAGGAAAGACAGACGAGGAGGUAGUGAAGAUUAACUUGGAGAAGCUGAGCAAAGUGUUGGAUGUGUAUGAAGAGAGGCUGGCUAAACACAACUACUUGGCAGGGGAUUUCUUCAGCCUGGCAGACCUUCACCAUCUGCCAUAUACUCACUACUUAGUGCACGCUGCAAGAAAGGGAGAACUCAUAACUAGCAGACCCCAUGUCAGUGCUUGGUGGGAACGCAUCUCUACCCGACCUGCCUGGCAAAAGGUCUCACAAAACAUGAAGAGAUAAAUACCUUUUGACCCUUUCACCGAGGUUUGAAAUGCUGAUAUCUCUUAAUAGCAGGAGGAUAUCAUGUUCUGCGCAAAUAAAAACUAGUAUGAUAUCAUGUUUCUUUAAAAAUUUGUGGAGAAAUAUAAUCGAGUUAGAUUAAAAUUUAAGUUUUUGGUUUAAAUUGUGUGUUUUGUAAAUGAAGAUUUGGAUUACAUUCAGUGAUUAUUAUUAGGAAGAGGAACCGACAUGAGCUUCCACAAACCAUGAAGUAGAUGUAAUUGCAAAUUUUUGGUUGAAAUUGUGAAUUUUUUCCAAUCAAUAUUUCAGAUCAAGUUUUUGGUUUAA